AUGACUCGAGAUACUGCUCGAAUCCAAACCUAUCGGGACUCCAAUGAUGAUGGGACUUAUGCAACCUUGUGGGCUUUAGCUCCCUUUCCUCGCCUCCCGGAGGAUGCGCCACCAGAGCUGAAGAAGCUUACGAUAGAAAUAAACGAUCCUAGGAGAGUUUAUGCCAUACACAGAGCUACUCGGAGGCAUCAUUUCCAACUACUUCUCGAUCGUUUUAUCCACCAGAUUAGAUAUGGUUGUACGUAUAAGGCAUGCAAUGUUACGACUUGUUUCUCCUGCCGAAAGAGACUUGCAAACGGAGCUCCGGUUCGGAGAUACAAUUCGACUAGUUCUCGAACACUGGCUCUCCAUAUGAUCAGCCUUGACAACCCUGAACAAGGUCUCUGCCCUCAUCCACCGGCAAAAAUCAUCAAUGAAACAAAUAAACACUUAAAGCCUAAAAAGCCACAGAUACUUGACGAUGCCUUACCAUUAAUAUAUGACGAUUUCAAGAAAAAAACAAGCUCCAAUAAAGAUUUCCAAGCACCAGGAAACCCAGAUACCCCAAGACGCAACUUAUCUUCCGAAAAUGGAUUGAAAGAUAAUAUCAUACCAGAGAUUUCAGUGCUCGAGGGACCUACUGCAAUCGAUCACAGAUCAUUUAUCCAAAAUAUUUAUGAAACAGUUUCAUUUAAGAUGAUAGAAUGGCUAACGCCAAGUAAGCUUCAGGGCUUGGUAGAGAUCCAGGCAGGGAAUAAGCCGAAUAAAGUUUGUAAUUUAACUAGUGGGAAUGAAUCAGACUGUAGGAGUGUGGGCUCAACGGAGGUAGAAUCUUUAACCCCGCCGACACAUGAUCACAAAAAUGAAGAUAGUAAUGAUAUUAAAUCUCUUUCAAUCACCGGGAAAUUUAAGGAAUCGAGGCCAAGAAAUGAAUCAGAUCCGAUUCUUCCCCAAAUAAUGCAGCCUACACAAACGAGUCCCUAUCUGCUAAAACGCAGAAACUCAGCUGAUAGUUUGGGCCUUAAAGGUGCGUUGAAGCAGGCCCUCAAAGACGAUUCAAAAUUCAGUAAAAUAACAUCGCCACGCCAACGCUCUAGCGAAUUCCUAAAUAGGAAAUCAUUCAAGCCAGCUUUAUUGAAGAGUCCAAAAUUGCGUAGUCGCGAACAAGAAUGCUCAUUGGAGAAUAUACCUUCUAGCACUCUCAUCCUAGAUCAUGUUGCUACGGAGAAACCAAAACUGAAUUUUAAAUUUAACUCAACAGAUGAUAUUCACCUUGGAACUAGCCAGGAUUCAUCUAUCUCAGAAGAGAGUAUUGGGUUAUCAACUGCUAAAGUUGAGUUACUACCUCAGUCACUAAGCUCACUCACUAUUGAAACUAUCGAGCUAUUGUGCAAUAUACUUCAGACAGAUGGUAACUGUGAGAAACAUUCUCUGUACCCACAGACGGUCAGUGAGGCGCUUAUGAGGCAACGAAAUCUUCCACAUCCUCCCAGCGCCCUCAAGCGAAACAAGUUGUUCCAAAAUCCGCUCUUUUAUCCAAACCCCGGUAAACAUAAAUGGAAAGCUUUCAUUGAGCAAAGUUUCUUUGAUGUACUUGGAAAUGCACAGUCUCUCCUUCAAACCUUUAGUAAUGAAAACAAAGUUCUCUUUGAUAGUCAAACAAUCUGGUAUUUAAUGCUUCGAAUGACUAGAGUUGCGCCAAACUUGGUCUUCGAAAGUCUCUGGCACGUAGCUGAGACCCUAUUCUCUCCUCCCCAGAAACUGAAAAUGGCUUGCGAUUGGGCUAAAGAUUCCUCAGUUCAAAAACCAUUGCUCAAGCCGGCUGUUUCAAAUUAUGAUGCGGCACAAAUCGUGAACAUCUGUCUUCAUGCAUUGGUUGCUGCGGCACCUCUAAUUGAUGAUCCCCGACAAAUGAUAAACGUGUCUCGCAUCAGGUCAUGUGGACUAACUAAGUCAUCAAGAGAAACAUCUCAGGAAGUCUUAUCCUAUUGUCUUCAAUAUGAAGAUGCCUUCACCAAUGAGCUAGCCGUUAGAUUAGCUCGAAGGGUCUUCGCGGCUAUACCAACUCGAAGAAUUUUCUCCGAGUCGCUGGAGCUACAAGGUAUACACCGUGAAAGACAGGAGUCCGACAUUCUAGAUAUUAUUUUAAAUACGUUCGAGUUCCUAAAUCCAGAUACUCCUCCAAUGCUUAAAUUCACUGAUGACGAAAGGAGCUUACAUGAGAAAAGACUACCAUCUGUUAUCCUAGAUUGGGCUCGCACAGUGAUGUUACAAGAGUGGCGUGGAAGUGCUGAAGUACCGAGCGAUGGACCAUUUGGGGGAGCCCUUGCUACCAUCGAUGCUAUCUAUAAGAAUCGCAAAUCAUUGCUUCUCGGCGACAUCCAUUUUCGCACAGAUUACUUCGCAGAACGUCUCGAUCCCUUUGAAAUGCCUGUGGAAUGGAUCUCUUUUAAUGCAAAUAAGAAGACUGUUCACCUUCUUAAUUAUCCAUACCUCUUUAACCCGGCAAAUCUUAUAACUUAUUUUCGCGCCAUUAACUACUCCAAGAUGAGUUUGGCUUUCGAGACGGCCAAGGCUGAACUUAUUCGCAUGAACUAUGCAAUGCAUGAAAACACCUUGAUGACAAAUAAUCUAACUCGAGAUAAACUUCAAGAGCGUCUCCGAACAGCCACUACUAAAUUUAUGGUCUUGGAAGUUCGCCGGACCCACGUCCUACUCGAUACUUUCAAUUCUAUCUGGAGGCGUGAAGAACGUGAGCUCAUGCGACCUCUAAAGUUAAGGCUUGGUGAGGAAGGGGGAGAAGAAGGCUCUGAUUCCGGCGGGGUACAGCAGGAAUUCUUACGGCUAGCUAUUGCUGAAGCUCUCGAUCCUGAUUACGGUGCAUUUACUACCGAUACCCAAACUCGAAUGACUUGGUUCCAACCAGGAUCGCCAGAACCGCUAUGGAAGUAUGAAUUAAUUGGUAUGAUCAUAUCACUUGCAGUAUAUAAUGGCCUAACUUUGCCCGUAACAUUUCCAAAAGCUCUCUAUAGAAAGCUUCUUUGUGAGGAAGUUACUGAACUUCAUCAUAUAGCUGAUGGCUGGCCAGAUCUUACGAGAGGCUUAACAUCACUUUUAGAAUGGGACGAGAAUGACGGGUCCAUUGAAGAUGUAUUUGCACGUACCUAUGAAUUUAGUGUCGAACAGUUUGGCGUUCCAGUCAGUUGCGUAAUGAAAGAGAUGGAUAGCAGCACACCCUCAUGGCCUCAGUUCCCCUUCUUAUCCGACAGUGCUUCUCCAAAUUCUACAGAGGCACCAUUUGUUACCAGUAAAAAUCGCAAUAAUUACGUGAGUAGUUACAUUCGCUAUUUAACUGACGUGUCUGUACGGCCACAAUUUGAAGCUUUCAAAACUGGCUUCUUCACUUGUAUUUCUCGGCACUCUGUCUCUCUAUUCAACGCGCCAACACUUCAAUCUCUCAUUGAAGGCAUUCAAGAAAUAGAUGUACGUGAACUUUCAAGUUUCACACGAUACAUUGGCUGGGAUGGUGAUUCCAAUCAUCAUACCAUCAAGGAUUUCUGGAGCGUUGUCAUGAACUAUGACCUGAGGAUGAAGCGAAAGUUGCUCGAAUUUGUCACAGCUAGCGACCGUGUACCAGUAGGUGGUAUGCGUGGGCUACAAUUUACGAUUCAGAGGAAUGGUAUCGGAGAUAGACUGUUGCCGACUAGUUAUACGUGUUAUGGUAUUCUUCUUCUACCAGAAUAUAGUGUUCGAGAGAUCUUAGAGCAGAGAUUGGCUAUGGCAUUGGCAAACUCACAAGGAUUUGGAUUUGCUUAG